AGAGACGAACAACAAUCAGAGCCGUUAAAGAGACAAGUUAAGGCUAUAAAUAAACAUAACACGGGUACGGGAAUAUCCUUUCUAAAAUGCCAUGCCAACAAUAGUCUCCUGAGGAACUUAAAUAUGGAGCCAAUCCUCCAUAUUCUUGCCACGCCACUCUCAUUUCUCUGCCACCCUUCUUAAGGUGCAUCGAUUCUUUCUACGGCUGUAAAUUUCGUAAGUUUUAGGAGUGAAUUUAGGAAUGGCAAGAGAACAAUUGCAAGUGCUGAAUGCGCUUGAUGUGGCCAAAACACAAUGGUAUCACUUCACUGCGAUUGUUAUUGCUGGAAUGGGUUUCUUCACAGAUGCAUAUGACUUAUUUUGCAUCUCCCUCGUCACUAAAUUGCUUGGCCGCAUAUAUUACCAUGUAGACGAUUACCCCAAGCCUGGAACGCUUCCACCAGGUGUAGCAGCUGCGGUUAAUGGUGUUGCUUUUGUUGGCACCAUUGCCGGCCAGCUGUUUUUUGGAUGGUUAGGAGACAAAAUGGGGAGAAAACGAGUGUAUGGAAUGACACUUAUGAUUAUGGUCAUCUGCUCAAUUGGUUCUGGCCUUUCUUUUAGUAAGAAUCCGAAAGCUGUGAUGGCUACUUUGUGUUUCUUUAGGUUCUGGUUAGGCUUUGGCAUUGGUGGUGAUUAUCCUCUUUCAGCUACAAUCAUGUCGGAAUAUGCUAACAAAAAGACGCGUGGAGCAUUCAUUGCAUCUGUUUUUGCAAUGCAGGGAUUCGGAAUUUUGGCAGGAGGUGUUUUUGCUAUCAUUGUCUCUGCAUCUUUUAAGGCUAGUUUCCCAGCUCCAGCAUAUGAAGAUAAUGCCCUUGGCUCUACUGUUGAUCAAGCAGAUUAUGUUUGGCGAAUCAUUCUGAUGUUUGGUGCAAUUCCUGCCGCCAUGACAUACUAUUGGCGCAUGAAAAUGCCUGAAACGGCAAGGUACACAGCUUUGGUGGCAAAAAAUGCCCAACAGGCGGCUUCUGAUAUGGCUAAAGUGUUGCAUGUUGAGAUAGAAGUGGAACAGGAUAAAGUUGAAAAAACUAAAGAUUUUGGUUUGUUUAGCAGAGAGUUUCUUCGACGCCAUGGGGUUCAUUUGCUUGGGACGACGAGUACAUGGUUCUUGUUGGACAUUGCUUUCUACAGCUCCAAUCUUUUUCAGAAAGACAUUUUCACUGCUGUAGGAUGGCUUCCUCAUGCUGAAACAAUGAACGCAAUCGAAGAGGUUUACAAAAUUGCAAGGGCUCAAACUCUUAUUGCUCUCUGCAGUACUGUUCCUGGUUAUUGGUUUACAGUGGCAUUCAUUGAUAGAAUAGGAAGAUUCAAGAUUCAGUUAAUGGGCUUCUUUUUCAUGACAGUCUUCAUGUUUGCUUUGGCUAUUCCAUACGAUCACUGGACUCAUAGAAAAAACAGGAUUGGAUUCGUUGUGAUGUACUCACUAACGUUUUUCUUCUCAAAUUUCGGUCCAAACGCAACUACAUUUGUUGUUCCAGCUGAGAUCUUCCCUGCAAGGCUUCGUUCUACAUGCCAUGGUAUAUCAGCAGCAUGCGGAAAAGCCGGAGCAAUGGUAGGGGCAUUCGGGUUUUUGUAUGCAGCUCAGAACCAGGACAAAAGCAAAACAGACAAAGGAUAUCCACCAGGUAUUGGGGUGAAGAACUCCCUUAUAGUUCUUGGCGUUGUCAACUUUCUAGGCAUGAUGUUUACGUUCUUAGUGCCCGAAGCAAAUGGAAAAUCAUUGGAGGAAAUGUCUCAAGAAAAUGUCGAAGAAGAGGAGAUGGAGUCGAGGCCAGAGGAUAGUAGGGCAGUCCUAGUUUAAUUAUGCUAUUAUGCAGCUAAACCCUAUGAACCUUUUACUCCAUAUCAUAAGCAAGAUGAAAUACCAAUCUUACAUUUGUGAUACGAUAUUUGUAUAAAAUAAAAAAUAUGUGCACAAGAAAUUUAUCUGCUCAAUUGGGAUGG